CGCCGCAGCAACUCCACAGUCACGACCAACUACAACAUGUCCAGCAAAGAGGCCACUGUGGCCGCUUUUAUAGCAUCGGCCCCGCCAGGAGAGCUCGCCAACGUGGUCAAUGAUAUCAAAGUGCUGGCCGGAGAUGAGCCCUCAAUCCUGCGAUCACUGGAUCCCGCGUUCGCUCAAUACAACGAGGAGCAAUAUACAACACUGAAACUGCCAGGCAGCGGGGACCAGGUCCUCCUCAGUGCAUACAACUCCCUCGGAGACAACCGCUACUUUGAUAGUGCCUCCCAAACUUCGUUCGCCGUCGACCACGCUACACAGAAAGCGUCCGAUGCCCAGCCUCACACCGUCGAGUCCGCUCACGCCGACCUGAUUACAUCGCUGCACAAGGCGUUCGCCGCUGCUGCAGCCGAGCACUUUCCCUCGUAUGCGGUAGGCGUGUAUCCCGCCGAGAACGACAGUGCAAUCGCAUUGUUACUGGUUGCGAACAAGUACAGCCCACAGAACUUUUGGAAUGGGCGCUGGCGCAGCACCUACAUCUACAACCCCUCAUCGGGAUCGUUGAGCGGCUCAGUCAAGGCCGACGUACAUUACUACGAAGACGGCAAUGUCCGCAUGUCCACAUCGAAGAAGAGCGAGCUCAAUGUCGCAUCGGGCAAUUCAGACCAGAUCGUGCGCGAGGUAGCCAAGGCGGAGAACAAGUUCCAGGAAGAUCUCAAUCGCUCCUUCACGACGCUUGCCGAAGGCAGCUUUAAGGGACUGAGACGCCAAUUGCCUGUCACAAGGCAGCGGGUUGAGUGGGAGAAGAUUGGAGGCUAUCGGCUUGGCCAAGACAUUGGAGGCGGACGGUCGAGAUGAGCGCCUUCAUGCGCAUUGCUUGCCAAGGGCUCUGAUCAAGUCUCGCCGCUCGCGUUCUUGAAGGCCUUCGGCGUCUAUGAUCAUGGCUACUGUGCGACUCGCUGGCUCAGGUGAAUCUUCGCCCUCUGUAUGCGUCGGUGAUUGCAGCUGCAGCCCACAAACUCGUUCUCGGGCGAGACGAUCUUGAGGAUCGCAUCAAAGGUCCUGAUAGUCUUGCCAGUCUACAACACUCCCAAUGAGCUGUUGGCUCGAUGCCCAUACAUAGUUCUCUGGAUCACUUGAUAGACCGUGCAACGAUGUGAAACGACAACGAUCACCUCAGCCUCAGC